CUAGAUUAGGGUUGCUUCUAUAACGACUAGCCCUCAAGAGUCCCCGUCCAUUAUAGCAACUCCUAAGCUAGGCAAAGCUUUGAUCUAGUCCAAGCUCUUAACAAAUAACGAUUGACCAUACAACUGUUGACUGGGUCAGAGCGUAGACUACGCUUCCAUGGCUUCUGACCUAAUCGCGCUAAAUCCUGGCUCAGUCGCAAGUGUGCCCCCGGUGGAAAUCCUGCCAGACGGCUCAGCCUUGCCGAUCGAGUUAGCACACCAUGAUAAAAGGAGAACCCAGCCUUUCCCAACCGCUGCAACGUUGCAUCCAACUUCUUCGUGCGCCCGUUGAAUGACAAUACCCCUGGCACCAUGACUAACGACACUCGCGUCUGCUACUACCCCUCGGGCGCGAUAGCGGAUGAUAAUGUACCCUGCUCAUCCGACGAGUACACUUCCUGCUGUGGAAGCACCGAUCUCUGCCUCUCCAACGGGCUCUGCCUGAGUGUCACCCAUCAACCAUAUGUCCUGAGUCGAGGUGCCUGCACCGAUCCACAGUGGGGCACCGGAUGUUCCCAAUAUUGCCAGGACAACAACCCCACCGGCGGCUGUUCGAUCAUCAACCUCAAGUACUACGAUGGGGUAUCGACCUACUGCUGCGGGACGCCCGUCGCCAACAAUGACUCGGAAGUCGUCUGUCCCGACAAUGCCAGCUCCUUCGAAGUGCAGACCGGACACGCAAUGGUUGGCUACGCGAUGCUGGCCAACGUAUCGACCCUCGAUGCUACCACGACAACGACAACGUGCUCUUCGUCGAAUGAGACAUCCACACUCGCUAACGCGACGGCAUCGUGUACGAAAGGUGUCUCUAGCCACGACGCCGCCAUUGGCGCCGGGGUAGGAGUGCCUUUAGGGGUGAUUGCGCUGGCCUCGAUCGUAUGGGCAUUGUUCGAGCGAAGGCGCGCAACCGCCGGGCGUGCUGAUGGAGCCGGCAUUGCCCCAGCCCAACUGCAUUCCUCUGUACAUAGCCAAAUAUCUAAUGGAAGCUCCCAGAGAAUGGGACGGGAACCAGAACAGGAACCAAGAUACUACCGAUCUACCUUAUACCUUCUGGAUAGUUUGGUCAAGACACGGACGCCACGGUAG